AUGCUGCAUAAACGCUCUUCAAGCAAGAAACAUGCUUCUCCCUUGCAUCUAGGAUACAUGCUAGUUUUUUUCCUACUUUGUGUUGUCGCUUACUAUUCAGUUGUACCGGGGCGUUUGCAAGUAGACAAGAAAUCGCCCAGGGAGGCCCUGGAUCAAAAAUUACAGAAAACGUUUAGGCUCAAGUCGAUCUAUAGACAUGGUGUUGGAGCAAACCAUCGUUUGCAUCAGAAACUGGAUGUAACUCCAGAACUUAUUCACCAGGCCGGGAUAUUGUAUCAAGAAAGCGCAGCCCAAAAACAAGAUAGCGAAGGCCAAGAAAACCCAUGGAGCAAUAAUUCUGAGUACACGACAACAAACCCAUUUGAUUUUGACUUCGAACUGCAGGGUAUGCCACUGACAAUGAAGCGGAUGAAACAAAGAGAUCCCGAUUUCAUGGAGUCGUAUAUAUACGGGGAGACAUACAUGACGGAGGAUGAGGAAUACGCGAUGUGGAUGGAUGAUAAUAUUGUGGCGCCCAAUGUCACCGAUAGAGAUACUGUGGUUUCAUUAGCGCUAAUGUCGUCCAAUGCAUAUGUAAGGAUACCACAAACCGGAGACUGGCGCAAUGUCACAGAACCAUGGAAUGAAACAGAACCAGAAGAUUUUGGUUGGGAUGGUGACGGCAUCCGCGGCCACGUAUUCUACAAUGAGCUAGAAAACAUCGUGGUGCUCUCAGUAAAAGGAACUAGCGCACAAGGCCUACCAGGGUCAGGAGAAGAUGAAACUACAGGAAAUGAUAAAAUCAACGAUAACUUGUUAUUUUCGUGUUGUUGUGCAAGAGUGAGCUACCUAUGGACAACUGUGUGCGAUUGCUAUGUGAAGUCGUAUACAUGUGAUGAAUCUUGCCUAGAAAAAGAGCUGAGACGUAAGGACAGAUUUUACUCUGCAAUCAUUGACAUAUAUAAGGCCGUAUUGAAAGAAUACCCAGACUCAGCCAUAUGGGUCACAGGUCACUCACUGGGUGGUGCAUUAGCCAGUCUACUGGGCCGCACGUUUGGGCUGCCUGUAGUCGCGUUCGAGUCGCCAGGAGAGCUACUAGCUUCGAGAAGGCUCCACCUGCCCUUUCCACCAGGCCUACCUUCAUAUUUGGAGGGUAUUUGGCAUUUCGGUCACAACGCAGAUCCGAUUUUCAUGGGUACAUGCAAUGGAGCCAGUUCGAGUUGCUCACUGGUAGGUUACGCUAUGGAGACCGCGUGCCACACAGGUAGAGUAUGUGUCUACGAUGUGGUCAAUGAUAAGGGUUGGAGUGUCAAUAUGUUCAACCAUAGAAUUCACAAGGUUAUUGACGAAGUCCUUCUUGGCUACGAUCAUGCGGCCAAAUGCGUGGAACCGGAACCUUGCGUCGAUUGCUACAACUGGAACUUUGUUCCAAGCAGAAGCUGGGAAUCCUCAUCGAGGCUUAUCACCAGCACUAAAAGCCAGGUGGCACCCACGAGGACAACAGGCACUACUGCUACCACCUCUUCAUCUACCUGUAUAGGUCGCAAUUGGCUGGGUUUCUGCACCAAAUACGAUUUGUAA